GCCACCUCCACUCCGUGCCAACCACACCCGCCCCGGGGGGAACAUGGGAGACUGUGACCCCCUCUCUCCUCCUCCCCAACAGUCCAAACUCCUCUUUGGAAGGGGAGAUGGACUGUGAAGAGGACUUUUAGUUGAGGUGACCCAUGGGCGAGAUGAAGUUUGGGAAGAGCAUCUGCGUGCUCAACGUAGGGGGAACCCGCUACGCCUUCACCCGUGAGGUGAUCAAAGAUUUCCCUCUCCGGCGCGUCAGUCGCCUGCAUGCAUGCGCAUCAGAGAAAGAAGUGCUGGAGCUGUGCGACGACUACGACCGGGACCAGAAUGAGUUUUUCUUCGACCGCCACGCUCAGGCUUUCGUGUUCAUCAUGCUGUACGUGCGCUCCGGUACUCUCCGCUUCGUCCCCGGAGUGUGUGAGCUCUCCUUCUACACGGAGAUGCUCUACUGGGGGCUGGAGAGCGCGCACCUGGAGUUCUGCUGCCAGAAGCGCCUGGACGACAGAUUGUCCGAGAUCGGACUGGACACUUUGUCCGAGGAGGACAUCGGAGUGUCCGGGGACGAAAGUCCGGGCGAGUCGGUGCAGCGGCCCGCGCUCACGGGUCGCGCUCUCUGGCUGGAGAGGAUGCGCAAGACUUUCGAGGAGCCCAACUCGUCGCUUGUUGCGCAGCUGGUGGCCUCGGUGUCCGUGAUCUUUGUGAUGGUUUCUAUGAUCAUGCUGUGUGCUAGCACCCUUCCGGACUGGGAUACAGCCAAGAGAACCACUGUGGACGAGCACAGGAUAGUGGAGGCCGUGUGUAUGGGCUGGUUUACAGCGGAAUGCAUAGUGCGUUUUCUUGUAGCCAAGGACAAGUGGGAAUUUCUCCGCCGGCCACUGAACAUCAUCGAUGUGAUUGCCAUCACCCCCUACUAUGUCACCAUGGUAAUGGCCCGGGCAGGGAUGCCGGCUGCCGGGCUCGGGGUUGCUGGGGUGGUACUGCGGGUGCUGAGGAUGAUGCGAGUGUUCUGGCUCAUGAAACUUGCCAGACACUUCCUGGGCCUGCAGACUCUGGGGAUGACACUCAGGCGCUGCUACCGGGAGAUGGUCAUGCUGAUGGUGUUUGUCUUCGUGGCCAUGGCGAUAUACAGCGCUCUGGCCCAGCUGCUGGAGCACGGCUUGGACUUGGGCACGCAGAACCCCGACUACGCCAGCAUCCCAGCUGCUGCCUGGUGGGUAAUCAUCUCCAUGACCACCGUGGGGUACGGGGACGUGUACCCCGUGACAGUUGGAGGACGGGUGCUCGGGGGAAUGUGCGUGGUCAGCGGGAUCGUACUCCUGGCGCUGCCCAUCACGUUCAUCUACCACAGUUUUGUACAGUGCUACAGUGAACUCAAACUCCGAUCUGCCAGAUAUGCACGCACCAUGUCACGGGAAGUGCUGCAAUAAAUUUGUACCAAACAUCCACAGCGCUGCCUUCAUCAGAAAGAAACUCGACAAAGACAAUCAGCUGAUCCCAACGUGAAAUAUUGAUAAAAUCUGUUCCCUGCUCCAGUCAAGUAGGGUUUUAUUGGGCCUGCUUGUUUUGUUGAUAAUCUCCAAUCAUCGUCCUCAACCAGCAAUCUCUGCGUCUGUCUCAUUAACAGCCCAGUUUGAACAGGAGAAUAGGAAUACACAAAUAAUUAUUUAUUAAACACACACAGGCAAGGUCAAUCCACUUUUGACAGUGGCUGCUGUUGACACUGUAUUCCCAUGGUUACAGCAUUGGCAAAGACGGCUGCUGCUUUGUGCCGCACCGAGUUCCCUGCGUAUGCAUGUAAUGUGUGUGUUUGUCUGCCCGUCAGCCUUUCACUUUUGUUUUCGCUUAGAACCCAGAUGGCACAAAUUACACAAGAUUCAUGUGUGACCUAGAUGCAUUCGGCUAAACCUGGGAAAUAUCGUGAAAGAGCGAACAGGUGAGAGCAAAGUGAGGAUGGAGACGGGUUAUACAGAGGGCUUAGGGUGUAGGAGUAGCUUAAGCCGUGGAUAAUUUAAUAUGGAGCCAGGUCAGCAAGCACUACAGGGUGGCAGACAAGUACAGCAGUGGCAGAUGGAGCGUGAAAUGCACGAUAAAGGAUCAUGGGACUAAAAUGACAGAGAUGACUGGAUGUUGAGCUAGACUGAGCACACGCCGAGGAGACGGGCCGCGGCGUGUUGCUUCUGAAUUAUGAGCCAAUGUAGGCAGUUUGUAUUUCUGUGUCUCCAAGGCAACCCCAUCCUCCAGCAUGUCAAUCAUAAUGGUGAGUGAUUUGUGUGCACACAGAUAGGCCACAUCCUGCCACCCCGCUGGCUGGCUUGCAGCAUGUUAAGCCUGCGAUUAUUGGGAAGAACUCACAUUUCAAAAAAAAGAAAAGAGUAGAGAAAGAGAGGAGUGCAGUCACAGACUAUGGUUUUAUGGUUUUACGCGAUUCAGACAUGUUUGCAAUGGCCCUGGUUUGCCAAAAUGAUAUGAUUUGUUGAAGAGACACAUGAUCCAAACAAACAAGUCAACACCUCACCCACACAACAGUCUCCCUCUGGAGCUCCUCUCCUCUUCCCCCCGAUGCCAUCCACCACCCUCCACACGGACACACACAUGCAUGCACGCACAGAUGCACACGCGCACACACACUAAGUCAGUCUGAGUCUAUUCAUUAAAAUCAAUGUCUACAUUU